AUGAUAAUUAUACAAAUGGAUGUAUUCUUAAAUGUGGAUAUAAAAUAGAAGGCAAAGAAAAAUGUGAUGAUAGUAACAAGAUUCUUUAUGAUAGUUGCUUUGAAUAUAAAUAUUAAUCUAAUCAGAAUAGAACUGAUUGCUAGAAAGGAAUUUGCUUUGAUUAUGAGGAUACCAUUUAAACCAACAAAAAUGAGAGUCUAAAUGUGGAUUGAAAUUAAGAGUUGAAAUGAAUAAUGUGACAAUAUAAUAUAUAUGGAGAUGGAUGCAUUUUAUGCAAAAUUGAUCCAAAUUAUAAAAGUUAAAAGAAGAUUAAAAUAAUUUAAGUUCUUGUUAUAAAUGUUAGGAUCAUUUUAUGCACGCAUCCACAUAAAGUUAGAAAUGUGAUAAAAGACAUUUUCUUAGAGAUAUUAGAUGUAAUUAAUGUUCAGAGAAAUAGGAUGAAUAUACUCCCAAUAAUUCUAAAUUAGGCAAAAUUCAUGAUUGCUCAAUAUGUUAGGGGGCAAUAUUGA